CACGAGGAGAUCCGGAUGAGUGUGAGAGCCGCUGUCACUCUCGAACACAGCUUCAGUUUAUAUUUGGCUUAAAGGAGACGCAACAAAGCGCACAAAAUGGCUGUUCUCUGGGCCUUGGCGAAUAAGUAGGUUUACUAUAGCUUUAAGAACAAGAAACUAGUGUCUGCUUCUUUAAAAUUAUAUCGGUUUAUAGCUGAAUAGAUAAUUAAGAAAAGUUUUAAGUUUCUAAUGAAUUAAUGUGUGCAUUUAAUUUGCGACGAAUCCAGCAGAAAAUGCAUCCUUGUUGGAUAAGGGCCGCUUGCAGUCAAAACGGCUUUAAAGCAGAUGUGCUUAGUUAUUCCUCACUUUGCUCGUGAACCUGCUUGACUAUAAGAGGAAUUAAGAGGUAGGACAUAUACCCUUCACGGUGAUGGAACCAGUCGACAACAGAGUCGGGGAUGUAAAUAAAGACGAGGAACCGAAGGAGGACAAGGCCGCGGAGCAGACCCCGGCCACCAGUACGAUCGGUACGCAGCGGAGGGCACUCAGAGAGCGGGGAGCGGGCCGACCUAGGUCCGGCGUCCCCUCUUCUGCCACGGAGGUUAACGGAGCUGCGCCGAGCGCGCAGACCUCCGGACGGGUUCUAAGGGACAGGUCAACCAGGGCAGUACCGGCCUGGCUGAAGGACUUGAAAAGCGACGAGGAGGAGGACGAACCGAGCCCGGACAGCAGUGUGACCAAGCGGCGGAAAGUUUCGAGCUCCAAGAGGAGGAAAGGGCUAGAUUCAGCGGGUCAGGUGGAAGCUGGAGAGGGGCUCAUAGGAGACAGCCUUCAAGGCACAGAUUCAGAAGACCCAAAGAAACCUGCCUCAGAUGUUCAAGCUCUUCUUCCCAAACGGCCCCCAGCCCAGAAUGAUGCCAAGCCCCCGGCUGGCAGGGCGGCCCGGAGCGUUGCCAAGCCUGUGUGCAAGACCGAACCUGAAAUGGAGACUCCAGCUGUGGAAGAAGAGCGUACCGAUAGAGAAAAGUGUGACAAUGAAAAGAAAGAAGAGGACAGCGAGGAGGUCGCAGAGCAAGUCCCGGAUGACGACGAGCUUCCUUAUCAGGAUGAUUCGAAUGAUUUCAGCUUCCAGCCUCAGAGUCAGAGCAGUGGUGAAGAGGAGGACGGCCUCAGCAGUGAUGAAGACGUUCCCUUUAGAGACGACUUAAACGAUCAAAGCUACGACCCGAGGGCUGAAAGAUUUCUGGAUAUUACUAAACCAAAGCGCAAAGUUCCUCUGAGACACAAGGAAAAGAAAGAGAAGGAUAAAGCACCUAAAAAGGAAACAGAGUUUUCAGAGAUAAAAGUAGAGAGUGCAGAUAACUUGGAGACAGUGCAGGAGGAAGUAAAGCUGGAGGAGGAAGUAUCUGAGGAUCUCGAUGGACCCAGGAAGAGAGGCCGCAGGAAAAAAGACGACAAAACUCCACGGCUACCAAAGAGACGGAAGAAGCCACCCGUUCAGUAUGUGCGCUGUGAGAUGGAGGGAUGUGGGACGGUGUUGGCUCAUCCUCGCUACCUCCAGCAUCAUAUAAAGUACCAGCAUUUACUGAAGAAGAAGUACGUUUGUCCCCACCCGUCUUGUGGGAGACUUUUCCGCCUUCAGAAGCAGCUGCUGCGCCAUGCAAAGCACCAUACAGACCAGAGAGAUUACAUCUGCGAGUUCUGUGCCCGCGCCUUCAAGAGCUCCCACAAUCUGGCUGUUCACCGCAUGAUACACACUGGAGAGAAGCCUCUACAAUGUGAGAUUUGUGGCUUCACUUGCCGCCAGAAGGCGUCGCUCAACUGGCACAUGAAGAAGCACGACGCAGACGCCACCUACCAGUUCUCCUGCUCCAUUUGUGGUAAGAAGUUUGAGAAGAAGGACUGUGUGGUCGCCCACAAGGCCAAGAGCCAUCCGGAGGUGCUAAUCGCCGAGGCGCUAGCGGCCAAUGCCGGCGCCUUCAUCACCACCCCUGCCUCUCUGCUGGAGCUGCCAGGAAACCCCAUACAAGCGGAUGUGGCGGGCAUGGACGGGAACCACGUCGGGCAGGACGGCCACACGGAUCAGCUGGGUCAGGACGGGCAGCACGUGACGCAGCAAGUAAGCCCCCAGGUGGUUUUACUGGGGCAAGACCCGAGCCUCCACACUAUGCAGGUUCCCGUGACGAUCGCCCUCACCCCCAUCGAUCCCCCCUCUCCGGCUGACAACCAUCAGCAAGCGCACCUGCAGCUCCAGAUGCCCGUCCAGUUCGUGCAGCAGCCUCAGAUCCAGCAGCUGACCCUCCACUCUGGCUCCAUGGUGACCCAGCAUCAGCCCCAGCUCCAGCCCAUGCCACCCUACGCCCCCCACCAGCAGAGCCAGGCUCAGAUCCUGCAGAUGACCUUCCAGCCUGUCAGCCAAUCGCAGACCCACGUUCAGCAGAUCCCCAUCUUGGCCGCCUCGCCGCAGCUUCAGACCAUGAACACGGCGGCUCCGAGCCCGCCGCUGCUCUCUACCUCCCAGCCUCAGACCCAGGAUCCCUCGUCGGCCAAUAGGAACGCCUUCAUUCUGGACAAUCCGGUGCUGUCUUCCUCCUCUCCGCAGUGCGGCUCGCUACAGCAGACGGAGGCGGUCGGGGAGAGCGGCGUGGUGUGGGAGCAGACGGGACAGGGGGACGUUCAGCCUGAAGACGACGAGAUACAUGUGCAGCAGGUCAUUAUAUAAGAAAAAACAAAACACGAGGACUUGUGCAUGUGAAGAAGUACCUGCAGUACGGUUUGAGAUAAAUGUAGGAUCACACAAAUAUAACUUGUACUGUUCACUAAUCGUCAAACUUGGUAGCUUUUUAGAGUUUCCGUAUCAGGGAAAGAAGUGUUUGUGAAUGUUUGUUGCCUUUGUACAUAACAGUCUUGUAACUAGCUGUUUGAGUUUGUGUAUUGCUGAGAUUAGGUUCCAGUUAUGCAAUAAUACACCCCACAACCUCCUUCCCGUAAAAUAUUUGCCAUGAAUGCAGAAAGCUGGAAUACAUAAAUUUAAUUUAUGAAACCUAAACAUGGGCAGCAUAUUUUAUUUUUAGCCUUUGUUAUAUAUAGAAGGUUAAGAAACGUGUAUGGUCACAAAGACAUACAUGACACGUUUAAGACUGAAACUGAAGUUUCAACACCUUGAAAGUAUGAACCGUCUAGUCUGAGACAUUUGUUAAGAUGUUUGUUUACCUUGCAGGAACAAUAACUAGUUCAAACCUCACUAAUGUCCUUCCUGUUUUAAGGAGCCAAAAGAUGACCACUGACACUGCGAAUCACUUAUAUGAAGAUAUUAAAAACAGUCACAGAUUUGUCAAUAUCCUCUCAAGUGUAACAUUGUUUGAAAAGAGAAGUUAUGUAGAACAUAAUAAUCUCACACAAUAGAUUUGUUCUAUCUAGCACAAAAACACAAUAAAAGAUCCAUUUAUAAAACUUAAUAAACGUCUUAACAUUUAA